GGUGGUGGCAACGGCUGCGGUGGUGGCUGGUAAGUUUUUCGACGACGUGUACUACUCGAAUGAGCAUUACGCCUCGGAAUUGGGUUUCGAAUUGGGUGUAUUGAACGAAAUGGAGAUGUGCAUGAUCGUGAUGUUGAAUUACGAGUUGCAGAUUGAUCCUGCGGUGUUCG